AUGCGUCAGCGCCGAAACCGUUCACGUUCACGCAGAUAUGACGACCGUGGUUCGGAUUCCCCGAAGGAACGACAGCCCUACAAUGCUGCCAUGGACGCAAUGAGCCGGGCCUUACGAAGAGCUGCUCGGUUGUCAUUCUCAAACGAAAUUGAACAGGCCUUUAUGCUGAGCCGAUUUACACUGCCACCGUUUAACUCCUAUGAUGGGAAGACAGACCCGAUGGAACACGUCAGUCAUUAUAUCCAUAUGAUGCCUUUGCAUACACACAAUGAUACGCUGAUGUGUAAGGUGUUCCUCUCAAGUCUUGGCUCCACGACCUUGAGAUGGUUUAAUCGGUUACAAAAAGGUUCCAUUCACAAUUUUGCCGAGCUGAUCCAGGAGUUUGGCGUUCAAUUCGUGAUGUGUAGUCGGGUGCCACAACCGGUGGACCCGCUGCUUUCCAUAAAAAUGAGGGUCGGUGAAACCCUUUGGAGUUAUGCCAGUCGGUAUUGGGAGCUAUACAAUGAAAUCGGUGGGGGUAAUGAGAAGAUUGCGGCAAGCACUUUCAGGAUGGGGCUUCCCGAGGACUCUAAACUACGGGAGUCGCUGACGAAAAGACCACCCGGGGAUAUGAGGCAACUUAUGAGGCGUAUUAAGAAGUAUAAACGUCUCGAAGAUGAUCGGCUGCAGAGUAAGGGUAAGGCCCCGUUGCUGAGUCACUCCUGGCAGGGCGUUUUUCCCACGAGACCAAGGAAGGAUUUUAGGAUGCAAGAACCAAAAGCAUAA